AAACGCACGCAAAGCCCGCUGCGUCCUACUCUGAAGCCAUGAACGGCGGCGUGUGCCUGUGCGUGCUGCUGGCGGUCCUGGCGGCCGGCGCCCUGGCGCAGCCGGUCCCUUCGGCGGACCCGGUGGGCCCAGGGGCGCAGCAGGAGGAAGAGGCGCCCCGGAGGCAGCUGAGGGCAGUGCAGAAGGUGGACGACGAGCCCCGAGCGCACCUGGGCGCGCUGCUGGCCAGGUACAUCCAGCAGGCCCGGAAAGCUCCUUCUGGCCGAAUGUCUGUCAUUAAGAACCUGCAGAGCCUGGACCCCAGUCACAGGAUAAGCGACCGGGACUACAUGGGCUGGAUGGAUUUUGGCCGGCGCAGUGCUGAGGAGUAUGAGUACCCCUCCUAAGGGACCCCGCCUUUGUCAGCAUGCCAGGAAGCGACCUCCUGGCUCAGAUGAGGCAGAAUAAGAAAGCAAUCACACUCACAACUCAUUGUCUCUGAAGUUUGACAUUUUAAGUAUCUAUUUAUUAAGUUUUCAGUGAGAAAAAUAUGUCUGUAAGAUUGUCCAGGGCAACUUCACGCCUCACCAGACUUGUACGAAUGGAAGACAAAACAUUUUCCUCGUCUGUGACGCCUGGUCCUAAAGUGUUGCUAUGCUAUUAAAAUGAUUUCAUUCU